AGAAAGAUAUCGAGUAUAUCUGUUUACACAUGCGCAAAGGAGAUUUUUCUACGGCGUGUUGUGAUACUAAUAGAAUAGAAAUAAAAUACCAAAGGCUACUCUGCCUUUCAUUGCACAAGUCUAAGUGCAUUUGUAAAAUAUAAUACAAUGAAUUCAUCCAGUAACGCCACGUAAGUUAUCUAUGUCCUUAGCAAACCCAUUGUCAAAUCGAGAUGAAAACUUUUUCAUGUAGUAUGAAAUGACAGGAAAUCUUAUAACUUGUCUUUUUUUUUUUUGGGUAGUAGUGUAAGCGUAGGCAUAGCCACCUUAAUCCCUGGUCCCUCACCCUAGCCAUAAUUACACUUGUGGACCUAAUGAUAGCUAUGCUUUAGGCAUGUAUAUGAUUAAGAAUAUCUAACUUUAUUAGACACUAAUUUACUUGUGACUAAUCUGCUAUAAUUUAAAGUAGAAGUAUAGUCAUGUAAUAGUCAUACAUUUAUUGAUUGUUAAUAGUUAUACGGCAUGGCAUACCCUUUUAUUUUUAGGCUGUUUUUAUUAUUAACUUUUGUCUUUUCUGACUUCCCACAUUUGGUUUCACUUCCUCAUUCAUUACUUGUUUUGCUUGCUAAUAUUAAGGAUGGAUGCCAUGGCGUCUUUUGUGUGUUUAUUAUAGUUGCAGUGAAUUAGGGUUUAGGUUAGGUUGAGGGAUCGAUUUAGUUUAGGGUUCAGGUUAGGCAUAGGGCAUAGGGAUCAAUUUAGGGUUCAGGUUAGGCAUAGGGAUUGAUUUAGGGUUCAGGUUAGGCAUAGGGAUCGAUUUAGGGAUACAUUCGUGAAAUUCGAUAAAAUAGUGGCAUUCGUCCUUAAAAUAUUUACCAUUUUGCUUUUUUUAAGUUUAGGCUUGCCGUUUAACAGACUUUAAAUUUUAGUAGGCUGCUAAUAACGAACAAGCCUAAGAAAAAGUAACACAGUACUGAGUUAGGCUAGGGCAGUGGUUGAGAAAUCACAGCGAGCAACCUCACUCAGCCAAUCUGCCACAAAUCGGGUUUGACUCAAAAAAAUGUGGUUCUUGGUAGGUCCUUGAAAAGAAAUUUGGCUCUCAAAAAUGUUUAAUCAUCCAGCUGCUGAGUUUUGGCUCUUUUGACUAAUGAGUUUGCCGACCACUGUGCUAGGGGAAAAGUUAAAAGUUAGUAGUUCUGGUUUUUAACUAUAGACUAGACACUAUAGUGUCUAUAGUUGUCUCACUGCAGUGACAUCACAUUACGUAAUCCCAACAAUCUAUGUAAAUGUAAGGCAAAUAAAGCCCCAUACAUAGUCAUGAGUCAUAAUGAAUACAGAAUUGUUGGACAAUUGACCACAAAAAUUAUCCUGAACUUCUGGCAGUCCGAAAAUAACUCUGUCACCUUAAGAAUGUGUGAAAUCCAUUAUUUAUAAUUAUUGUAAAAGUUAAAAGGCUAUCAAAAUAUAACUCGCAAUGUUUUGAAAUUAUUGCUUUUGUUGUUACUGUCCCAUAAAUGAGCGGGCGGGGUGGGGGGCUCCAUGACAUAUAUUAUACCAUUAGCAGACGUUGGCAGAGGCACCACUAAAUUAUCCCUUAUUAAUUAGACUUUUUAGUAGGCCCCUGGUCCUAACUUCGUUUAAAUUAGUAAGUAAUUACUAAAUUAGUCUUUAAGACAUUUGAAAUAUUAAAAUGGUUGGCUUGGCAGGUGCAACUGAAGACAAUAAUUUUACAGAAAUAUGCUGCCAGGGAUGUUGUCAUUCUUUAUCACAUUAAUGUAAUUUCCAGCUGGCAUAAGUAUCAUUUGGAUGACCAUUCUUGGGCUACAAGAAGAGUUUAAUCCGAACAUCAUUUUUGUGCCCGACUAUAUUUAACUCAGCUGUUCAAACAUGUAUUUGAAGCCUUCUCAGCUCUACUUAGUACUGUCAGAUGAGCAGAGGCGUAGCGAGGAGGGGCCAGGGGGGACAGCUGCCCCCGGGCGCAAGCUAGUUAGGGGCGCCAAAAUGUGCUUUGAUAUUAUAUUAUUGGUAAAAAUAAUGGGUUUGAGAGUUGAAAAAAAGAAAAGGGGGCGCUUAAAAAUGGAUUUUGUCCCCGGGCGCCAAUCACCCUCGCUACGCCUCUGCAGAUGAGCCUGAUCUUUCUAUGGAUUUCCCAUUCCCAGUGUUGCCAUUUCUUUUUCAUAAUGAAAUCCAAAUUGUAGUAUAUGAACAAAAACGGGAAUAGGAGAUGAAAUAAAGGAUAAUACAGCAUUUUUAUAGUUGAUACUGCGCACACAUCUUAAGUGUAUCAGUGAGUGAUGGGUAAGUGAUCACAGUUAAGGUUUUGAUAAGCCCAUGCAACUGACGAUAAUGCUAUUGUGUAAUUUGGCAAGAAUAAUCUGUAAAAUGGUAUGAAAUGACUCGUGCUGUGACAUGGUCUUACCAGAAAUAUUCCUUUAAAAUUAUAGUGUUCUCCAAGUGUUAAUGCUAUCGAUGACUGUUAAGCGGAACCUAGUGUUGCACACACAUUUUAUUAUUAGAUUUAAUAUUUUUGUAUUUGAAAUUAGUUUUAUCAUGGGAAAAGAGUAUUUAGAAAAUGUGAAUAGUACUUAUCUUUUUCUAUCCUUAAUAUUAAUAUGGUCCUAAGGAAACCUUUGGAUGAUAUAUCUUCCUCUACACUCACAACUACUAGUUACUAAUUAUUAUAGUUUGUUUGCAGGUUUGGGGAAGUUACCAACUUUAUUCUUUAGAUUGAUUCUUAAAUUUUGGUAUCUUCCACCUGGUUAAUUAGAAUGCACCGGAGUUCUAUAAAUCCAUAUUGAAGUGAAGCAGACCAAAGUUUGCAAAUACAGUACUCUCACUGUUAUUGAAUAAUUUGGCAUUAGCUGCUAAAAUAGGCAAGCAAAUCUGAAGAUAUAUAUUUUAAUACAUCUUUUUAAAAAAAUAUUUUCAGACAUUUACCCCCACCUCCAGUUCUUUGGGCUCAGAGAAAAGAUAAAGUUUUCCUCACAAUCCAACUUGAGAAUUGCUCAAACCCAACAAUCACUCUUAAAGACAAUAGUUUGUACUUCCAUGGGAAAGGAGGUACUGGCAAUACAGACCAUGAAGUUUUAUUGGAGUUCAACAAGGAAAUAGACCCUGAUGUAAGAUUAAUGUAUAUUUAUUCAUUACACGUUAUUAAUUAUUGGGUACCAUACACUUAUAAUAAGCUAUUUUCUUGAAAUUCAUGCUCCUGGGGUUUAAAAUUUUUGUUAACUUAAAUGAAUCUAAUGACUCCUGUUCUAACUGUGAGUGAAUUUUUACAAGUCAGAAGGAACGGCUAUGUAAAGCAGUGUCCAUGCUUGAUUUACUGUAAAAUAGAAGUUAGUUGACACAAUAAAUAAUGUUAAGUAAAUUCAAUAAAACAGUGGGCAAUCAUUUUAAGUACAGAUUGAUUUUUAUCAUUAAAAAUUAUGUAUUUUAUUUGCAGUUUCAGACCUUAAUUAUUUUGUUUAUAAUAACACUAAGCAUAUAUUACCCUAUACUAUAUUUUCAAUAGAGGAUGUAUUUAAUUUCUAUUUUCCUAUUUUUGUUCUUAUCAGACAUCGAAGUAUCAUAUUACUGGACGUGAAAUAUUGUUUGUCAUAAUGAAAAAGGAGGAUUCUUCCGGAUUCUGGCCCAGACUUUUAAAAGAUUCUAAGAAAGUAAAUGCAUUAAAAAUAUUUUUUAAAAUUUUGUGCUAGAUGGGUCAGGUAUAGUAGCAGUAGAUUUUUCAAUGAUAUUGUUUGUGACAUAGAUUUAGUUAAGGAUUAUAAAAUAACUUGCUUUUUCCAUACAUGAAAUUAUUUAAUGUGCAGAUGCUACAAAUAGUCUCUCAUUCUGAUGAAUUACAUUUGCAUAGUUGUCCCACCAAAAAAAGAAGUAUUUGGUUUGCAAGUUAAUUUUAAUAGAUUCUUUUUUUUUUAUUACCCUAUUAUUUUUUUGGUACCGUAGUAUCUAAGUUUGUUUUUAAUAUAGUUUAUUCCAUAACAAACUGAGGCUACCAGACUAAUAGGCCUUAAGUUUAGACCUUCCUAGUUCAGCUUGCUAAAUGGUAGUGUUAAUUGCUGGUAGUGCUUAUCAUCAGUACCUUCCAAGUUUCUCUCUGUAAGUACUGAGAACAAUCAGGUGAAAUUAUGUAUUCAUAAUUGAACUGAGUUUACAAUAUAAACUAUUAUUAAUUAAGAGUUUCUUGCUUAGCCAGCAACUAUUGGGUUACUGCUUGUCCCUAGGGUGGUGAGACAGGGGAGAGUCACAGAAUUGUGUCAGUCAUUUUGGGGGUAAAUGCAGGAGUGCUCUUUCCUCCUCCUCCCCCCCCCCCCCCCCCCCCUUGGGGGGCAUGUUGCAAAUUAGGAUUUUCUGUGGGUACCAUGUGGGGGUCAGGUAGCUGAUUUCAUUCCUUUUUUAGAUAAGGCAGCAGUGGUAAAAGUUAACUAUUCAGUAAGGUGUAGUCAUAAAUUUGAUUAAAACAAAGGUGGUGUGAUAAGAGUUUUCAGUUUUGAUAAGUCUUUUGAAUUAUUGAUUACAAGUAUUGUAAUAAACCUUUUUACUGGGUGUUUGGCCUUUUUUAUUGUUAUUAAGGCUUCUGUUGAAGUAUUUUAAGAGAAGUUUUUUUUAAUUUGUAAAUCAAGUGGACUUGACUUAACAAACAAAGAAUAUUUGCGUUGUCAAAUGAUAAAUAAGAGUUAUCGGUUUAUUAAUUGGAGUCAUGUCAAUGUUAUCAAGUGGAUGAAAAAAAAAUAAUUUUUUGUGUGUGUGGUAUCUUCAACAAGGUUCACUACUUGAAGACAGACUUUGAGAAGUGGAGAGAUGAAGAUGAUUCUGAUGUUGAGGACAAUGAAGAUUUUAACUUAGAUGAAGUAAGUUAUGAAAACAGAAUAUUCAUACUACUUAUAUUAUAUAGCUCUGCUGGAGUACAUCACAUUUUUUACUUACUUAGAUCAUUAUUUAUAUGAACUUCUGUUUAACAGCCUGAGAUUGUUUGGCAUAUUAUGAUUAAAAUCAUUUUUUUUUAAAAAUACAUUAAUAUUUAAAGAUCCCAAACAUGCAUAGUUUUGGAAACAUAGCAUGUCAAUCCAAGCUUCUUUAAUGUAACAAGCUUCUAAUCUUUUAACUGGAGCAAAGUUACAAAGUAUGGGUAGUUUAAAAAAAAGGCUUUAAAUGUAAAAUUGUUUAAUUAAACAGCUUUACUUUAGGCCAUUAUUGGUUUUCUUUUGGAUUGGGGAAGAAAAUGUGACAUUACUCAGAAAUUACUGUAAUUACUAAAAUUAGUAAAAGUAUGCAUUUUUAACAUUAAAAAAUUAUUUUAUUUAGAAUACUUGAUUUUAAAGUUAUUUAGCAUUUUUUUUAGUUGUCUGUGAUUACAUUAAUUGUUACCAAAUCAAUUUGACCAGAUGAUGCAGUCAAUGGGAGGACUACAAGGUGGAGGAGGUGUUCCAGACUUAGGG